UAUAUAAACCACGGCAUUUUGCACUCACCAUGUAUUCAGAUUUGUCAAAGUGCAGAAGCUACUAAAAGAUAGAACCUCUAUCAUUUAUUGGCAAUCAUGAAAUUGGCAGUAGUUUUGGUUGCCACUUUGGCUGUGGCCAAUGCCUGGGCAGUACCUAAUUAUGAAAAUAGCGAACUUAAAAAGGAUCUACAAGAGUUCGUAGAUUUGGUACCUGUUAAAGAAAUCAAGAAGCUUCUUUUGGAAUACACCACCACAGAUGCUGAAGUUAUGCGAGGUGCGGCAUAUGCGCAGUCCGAGGAGUUCAAAUCAAUGGUUAGAAAAGUCAAUGCCAUGCCUGAGUAUAUCGACCUGUUGAACUACAUAUAUAGAGCUGGUGUCGACAUUUACUACUAUGUAAACCGUAUCCUCAGACACAUUGGAGUUGAUGAAUUGAAACCACCAAAAAGCUUUUCCGAAUACGCUAUCACCGGUGGAUUCAAGGGUCUCGUUGAAGAUGUUAAGAAAUUAAUUCCCAAAGACAAAAUCAAGGCUCUUUACAAUCAAAAACUCCAAACGUCUCCGGCCUUCAAAGAACUCAUGGAUCAUUUCAACUCUCCCGAAUUCAAAAAACUUUAUGAUGCUGUCUAUAAUGACCCCAGUCUGAAACAUAUGGUCAUCGUAGCCAAGCAAGCUGGUCUUGAUCUCGAAAAAGUCAAAGAAUUUCUUCACGAAAUUUGUCCCAUCUGUAUUUAGUUCUAGAACUAUUAGAAACCUAUAUGGAAAUGAUCAAUUUAAUAUUAUAUUUUGCAUCGUUUAAUUUUCUCAUGUUAAAAACUAUUAGAGAAUCUUGACGAUCUAAGAUCUAUACGACUCGGCUGAUAUAUUUAAUGAUUCGAUUUUUUACUUAUUCUUCUCUAGGAAAC